UGAGUCCACAGGCUGACACUCUACCCACUGAGCCAAACCAGCUAGGGCGAGUCUCACUUAUUUCUGCUUAUUUAUUUAUAACACAUAGUUCUUACUACGUUUGCCAGGCACUGUUCUAAGCUCUUUAUAAAUAAACCAAGAGGAACAAAUAUUAACUUAGAGUUGUUGACACAGUUGAAUUAUUGUUGCUUAUCUCCAGAAAAAACAAUGCGCCUCUGGCCCUUUAAAGUCGUUCUCCCGGAUUCCCCCCUCCCCCGGCAAAGCCCCCAGAACCGUUUCCUAGGCUAGGACUCGAGCUCGGCUUCCGGCCUCCUCUCAGGCUCCACCCCGCGUUAAUCAGAUCCCGGAAACCCUGGGGCAGAGGCCCAGAGGCUGAGCGGCGGCCGAGGGCGGGAAGUUUGAACGUCUUGGCACCACCCAUUUAAGAACAGGCCAAUCAGCGUCCAGCCUUCUUAGCGACCGCGCCCCUCCCCCUCCCGUCCUGCUGGCUUUCGAGGCAGGAUCCGGGUCUCUCCGACCAAUAGCGAUUAAGGGGGUGGGGCCCCUGCGCGCGCACCCGUCCUGGCGUCCGCGCGCUCCUCCUGCAGGCCUGUGGUUGGUCGUGGCUCGGUCUCGCGCACGUCUAGGUCCGGGGACAGAAAAGGCGGGAAAACUCCGCAAGUUGUCCGCCUGUGGGGUAGGAAGCCUAGAGCGCGGGCCCGGCCUUGGGGCGUGGCUGGCAGGGGCGGGAGAGGAGGCUGGCACAGCUCGCCCACGCGCCCCGCAGACCGUCUCUAUCCCAGUGCCACCUCGGCGUGACAGGAAUGUGCGGGGCGGGAGUUCCACAGACUGUCCGUCCUUGAAAUACUGAGAGGUCGCCCCUCGAAAUGCCCCACAGAUGACGGAAAUAAAUGUGACCUCUCCUCGCCUCAGCCCUCCCAGACUUCCCUGUGCACUUGCGCCCGCCUCGCGGUGAGCGCUCGCUCCUGAACCGCCUUCAUUUCCCGCAGCGCAGAGCCUCCCUGCCCAUGGCCUCGGUGGGAACGACCGCCGGCGGGACGCGGCAGGGACCGGGAGCCGGGGCGGCCGCGGCCAGCUUCCCCAGCCCGGCCCCGGUGCCGGGCCCCGCGGGGGCGGAGGACGACGCGGAGGAGCCGGCGGAGACGCACCUGUGCGUGCUGUGGAGCGCCGGCUGCCUGGGCUUGGCCUACUACGACACCGGCGACUCGGCCGUGCACUUCAUGCCCGACGCCCCGGACCGCGAGAGCCUGCAGCUCCUGCAGAGAGUCCUGGAUGAAAUCAGCCCCCGGUCUGUUGUUACCAGCGCCAAACAGGAUGAGAAUAUGACUCGGUUUCUGGGGAAGCUUGCCUCGCAGGAACACGGAGAGCCUAAGAGACCUGAAAUCAUAUUUCUGCCAAGUGUGGAUUUCGGUCUGGAGAUAAGCAAACAGCGCCUCCUUUCUGGAAACUACUCUUUUAUCCCAGACUCCAUGACCACCACUGAGAAAAUUCUCUUCCUCUCCUCCAUAAUUCCCUUUGACUGCCUUCUCAUGGUGAGAGGGGUCCUGGGAACCACACCGGUCGGGCCCCCAGCUCCACUCUUGAUCCUCUCUCAGGUUCGAGCACUUGGAGGGCUGCUCAAGUUCCUGGGUCGAAGAAGAAUCGGGGUUGAACUGGAAGACUAUAACGUCAGCGUUCCCAUCCUGGGCUUUAAGAAAUUUGUGCUGACCCAUCUAGUGAGCAUAGAUCAAGAUACUUACAGUGUUCUGCAGAUAUUUAAGAGUGAGUCUCACCCCUCAGUGUACAAAGUGGCCAGUGGACUGAAGGAGGGGCUCAGCCUCUUUGGAAUUCUCAACAGAUGCCGCUGUAAGUGGGGAGAGAAGCUGCUCAGGCUGUGGUUCACACGUCCAACUCAUGACCUGGGGGAACUAAAUUCUCGUCUGGACGUCAUCCAGUUUUUCCUGCUACCCCAGAAUCUGGACAUGGCUCAGAUGCUGCAUCGGUUGCUGGGUCACAUCAAGAAUGUGCCCCUGAUUCUGAAACGCAUGAAGUUGUCCCACACCAAGGUCAGCGACUGGCAGGUUCUCUACAAGACUGUGUACAGUGCCCUGGGCCUGAGGGAUGCCUGUCGCUCCCUGCCUCAGUCCAUCCAGCUCUUCCGGGACAUUGCCCAAGAGUUCUCUGAUGACUUGCACCACAUCGCCAGCCUCAUUGGCAAAGUGGUGGACUUUGAGGGCAGUCUUGCUGCAAAUCGCUUCACAGUCCUCCCCAACAUAGAUCCUGAAAUUGAUGAGAGAAAACGAAGGCUGGCGGGACUUCCCAGUUUCCUCACCGAGGUCGCUCGGAAGGAGCUGGAGAACCUGGACUGCCGCAUUCCUUCGUGCAGCGUCAUCUACAUCCCUCUGAUCGGCUUCCUUCUUUCUAUUCCCCGCCUGCCUUCCAUGGUGGCGGCCAGUGACUUUGAGAUCGAGGGACUGGACUUCAUGUUCCUCUCAGAGGAGAAGCUGCACUAUCGCAGUGCUCGAACCAAGGAGCUGGACGCAUUGCUGGGGGACCUGCACUGCGACAUCCGCGACCAGGAGACCCUGCUGAUGUACCAGCUGCAGUGCCAGGUGCUGGCUCGGGCAGCUGUCUUGACCCGGGUGUUGGACCUUGCUUCCCGCCUGGACGUCCUGCUGGCUCUUGCCAGUGCUGCCCGGGACUAUGGCUACUCAAGGCCCCGUUACUCUCCCCGGCUCUUUGGGGUACGAAUCCAGAAUGGCAGACAUCCUCUGAUGGAGCUCUGUGCCCGAACCUUUGUGCCCAACUCCGCAGAGUGUGGUGGGGACAAAGGGAGGGUCAGAGUCAUCACUGGCCCCAACUCUUCAGGGAAGAGCAUAUACCUCAAACAGGUAGGCUUGAUCACAUUCAUGGCCUUGGUGGGCAGCUUUGUGCCAGCAGAGGAAGCCGAAAUCGGGGCAGUAGACGCCAUCUUCACCCGUAUUCAUAGCUGCGAAUCCAUCUCCCUUGGCCUCUCCACUUUCAUGAUCGACCUCAACCAGGUGGCAAAAGCAGUGAACAAUGCCACUGAGCGGUCUCUGGUCCUUAUUGAUGAAUUUGGAAAGGGAACCAACACGGUAGAUGGGCUCGCACUGCUGGCUGCUGUCCUCCGACACUGGCUGGCUCUCGGACCCACAUGCCCCCACGUCUUUGUGGCCACCAACUUUCUGAGCCUCGUUCAGCUACCCUUGUUGCCACAGGGACCCCUUGUGCAGUAUUUGACCAUGGAGACCUGUGAGGAUGGGAAUGACCUUGUCUUCUUCUAUCGGGUUUGCGAAGGUGUGGCCAACGCCAGCCAUGCCUCCCACACAGCUGCCCAAGCCAGGCUUCCUGACAAGCUCAUAGCUCGUGGCAAGGAGGUCUCGGACUUGAUCCGCAGUGGUAAGCCUAUCAAGCCUCUCAAGGAGCUGCUGAAGGAGAAGCAAAUGGAAAAUUGCCAGACAUUAGUAGAUAAGUUUCUGAAACUGGAUUUGGAAGAUCCCAACCUGGACCUGGACAUUUUCAUGCGUCAGGAAGUGCUCCCUGCAGCCACCACCAUCCUCUGAGAGUCCUUCGUCGGCCUCCUCCCCUUCCCACAGCCUGUGGGCUGCCGCGCCCUUUUUGUUUCUUUAGACCCAAAGUUCUCAGUUUCCCCAGAAAUCUUGUUUCACAUUAGGAAUAAAGUUUAUUUUGGA